GAGAAGUCCAAGCUCGCAAAACAUCCGAGUGACGAUUAUUGGAUUCUCCCAUUCCCAUCUUUCACCAUGAGCUCCUUCGGGCCCAAGCGGAAAGCGCGUGUUAUCCAACCCCUCGAAGACGAUGAUGCCGACCUGAAGCCAUCGUCGGAUACUGGCGAGGAGCAGCAGAGUGACCAAUCAGCGCCCCCAGGGCGCAUCAAGUUUGGUCGCAACAAGCCCGCCAAGUCCUCGGCUCUCAGGAAGAGCUUCAACCCCAACGACGACGACGAAGAUGGGCAGGAAGGAUCCGCAUCUGCGCCGGCUGCGACAGCACGCGACGGGGACGAAGAUGGUAGAUCUAGUGCACCAGUCGUGGUUCGUCCAGUGUUAGGUCGCUCCGGAUCGUCUAGGUUGAAGAAGCGCCCGUCAUCAUCUCGACUUUCAUUCGGUACCAACGCGUCCACGGCAGACGAGGACGAAGAAGAUAAUGCAACUCCCAGUGUGGUCGCGAAGCCAUUCACGCCGAAGAAGCCGCUCGGUCAACGCCUGCUCGAGAAAAACGCGCUCCGCCGAACCUCCUCCCUGCAGAGCCUCACGGGACGCCUACCGGUGCGCUUCGGCGGCGAGGAGGAGCGGCCGAAAUAUAGCAAGGAAUACCUCGAGGAACUGCAGAGUUCGACACCCAACACGCCGCAAAACCUUGCUUCGCUGCAGAUCCGCGACGACGGAGAUGAAAUGGAGCUGGACGAGUCCGAGCUUGAGGGUGCGCUAGUAGUGCAACAAACAGACGUCGCAGCAACUCCUCCAGCGUCGACGCCAACCGCGGCUGCCCACAUUCUUACCGAAGCUGAAAUUCGCGAACGCAAGGAACGGCGGGCGCGGUUAGCCAAGGAAGCCGAGUUCAUCUCUCUCGAAGACGGGUCUGACGACGAGGAGACGGAACGGGGACAAGGGGGUCGGAUGUCGGUCAAUCUCCCGAGCAAGAAGAAGAGGGAAUCGCGCCUCAUAGCCGAGGAUGAGGACCUAGGCGAAGGAUACGACGAGUUCGUAUCUGACGGCGGCCUUGCCCUAGGCAAGAAAGCUGAGCGGGAAGCAGCGAAACGCCAUCGGCAGGAGAUGGCAGAGCUGAUACACGCCGCCGAAGAGGGCUCCGACGCCGAGACCGACGACAGCGAGGCGGAGCGUCGAGCGGCGUACGAAGCUGCGCAGCGCCGUGCGGGCAUGGAUGGCUUGCAUCGGCCGCAUGACCCGGAUGGCAUGGAUCUGGACGGAUCCAUGACAGGACCGGAUGCCAUCCCGCGCAUGAAGCCGCUGCCGAAGAUGAACGAGGUGUUGCAGCGCAUGCGCGACAUUGUGCGGGGCCUCGAGGACCAGGUAACGAGAAAGCGGGCGAGGAUAGAGGAUCUCGAAAAGGAAAAGGAGGAGAUCCUUGCGAGGGAAAAGGAGGUGCAGGAGAUCCUGAAUCAGGCCGGAGCGAAGUACCAGGCGGUAGUGGCGAGUGCUGGCGGCCAGGCGGGGGAUGUAGAAAAGAUCGUGAGCGGGCAGUCGCCGCUGAGGCCGCUGCCCCCGGGCAUCGUAGGUGAUUUUCAACCAGUGGAACGGGGCCUUGAGAGCUUUGGGGCGACGCCAACAAGGCGCGACGACAUGGAGAUGGCUUGAGAUGGUAGCAAGGCGGGGAGUAGCCCAAGGCGUAUGCCAAUAUUCUAAUGCAUCGAAAGUACUGUCA